UGAGACCCGCGCAUAUAUAAAUCGCACGUCUCUUCUUCUCCGAAGCCUAGCGUUUUCAAAUCUCACGUCUUGCGAGCGCGAGAUCGAGAGAAACAUCAGAGAUAUUCUGCGAAAACAUUCGAGGAUCGUAGCUUUUGGAGAUUCCAAUCAUCGUCGGAGUAAUGUGCAUUAGUAGAAUGGGUGGACGAGUCCACAAUGAAGAGCAAUCAGAAAUGAGUGAUGAAAGUUGUAGCAGUCCCGUCUCAAGCAACAUCACAAGCGGUUUUAUAUCUGAGAGCCAGUGCGCCUUUUCGAAACUUGGGUUAGUUAGUCUUAAUGUAGAUGAUGAGGAACACAUUCUGCUCAAACAUCGGUUCUAUACAAGCAUUGGUGCUCUGGCACAGCACUGUUCUGUUGCGGCUAUCCACCGGAACAUGUAUUGUUCUCCCUUGGGAAGGGCUAGCUUGGAAAGUUUCAGGCUUUUCUUGAAGGCCACAAGACAGAAACGCAAUGGAAAUGCGAAUGUUGUCAAUGGAUGGCUUGGUACUUCCCAGGAUGGGAUUCAUAGGAUCCUAAAUGAUGGGUUUGGCAUUUAUGGGAUGCCUGAAGAUGAUGUGCCUCAUUGUUUUGGUUUAUGUCUUUAUUCAGAGCGUUCAGCUGUUGACAGUGUGAUGUCCUCACCUGUUGAUGUGGAUGGAUUAAGGCAUGUCUUGUUUUGCCGUCUCAUCUUGGGGAGCACUGAGGAAGUUCCUCCUGGCUCAAGACAGCUUGGUCCAAGUUCAGAUAAAUUUGAUUCUGGUGUAGACAACAUGCAAUCUCCAAAGAAAUACACCAUUUGGUAUCCCCAUGUGAACACUCAUAUAUUGCCACUGUACAUUUUGAGUGUUAGGCUUGACUUCCGUCCUAAAGAAAUGCAAACUGUUCCUGUGAGGAGGCCUACUUCACCAUGGAUGCCUUUGAGUGCCCUGAUAGCUGUGCUUUCCAGGUCUCUACCUCCUUCUCAAAUGUGCUUGAUCAGGAGAUACCACAGUGAUUAUAUGGAGAAAAAAAUAUCCAGGAAGCAACUGAUCUUUCAAAUCAGGCAAAUAUCCGGGGACAAAAUACUGAUUUCAGCUAUUAAAUCUUUUCAGGAUAAGCAACCGAAAGCAGCAGCAUGUACAUCAGCUAUGCUCAUCAAGAGCGAGUAGACGUGCCUCUGUUCAUCACCAGCAGACAAAUGAAUCAGCAAGUGUGGAUACCUUGACACCAAACAAAUGCGAAGAUUGUGGAUGAUUACAAAUCAUAUUGAUGCUAAAUUUGCCUGCUGUACAGCAAAUGUUGUUUACUUGUUUUAGUUCAUGAUGACUAACCAUAGCAACUCAGUGACACCUGAAUGAAAGCAUGUGUUUGCUAGUCUCAAACAAAAGCAAAACAAUUCAGCAAAUACUAGAUCUUGUAUUUGUUGCCCAAUGUAAAUUCAUGAAUGGAGAAGAAGCUGGGGUUUUCC